UGCAUUUAGGCAAAUGAGGCAGCCUCGGCCCUCCCCGUCGCCCGGUCUAUAAAGUGCGGAGCGCUCCCGCGGGCGGCCAAUGCGCGGCGAGCAGCGCCCGGCUCCCGCUGCGAACGGUGCGUGUCCGUAUGUCAGUCCAUCCGUCUGCACUUACCCUGCACCCCUACAGGACGUCGAGGCGGCCAUGAGGCUCCCGCUGGCUUUCACCGUGCUGCUGCUGGCCUCAGCACAGGCACUGGCCGAUGAGAUGGCCGCCCCUGAUGACCUCAGCUACUGGGCAGACUGGGCCGACGGCGAGCAGAAGGAGGAGCUGCCGCUGCCACUGGAGCACUUUCUGCAGAGGAUGGCACGGAGACCCCGGCCCCAGCAGUUCUUUGGCCUCAUGGGCAAGCGGGAUGCGGGAUAUGGCCAGAUCUCUCACAAAAGGCAUAAAACAGACUCCUUUGUUGGACUUAUGGGCAAAAGAUCUUUAAAUUCCGGAUCCUCUGAAAGGAGCCUAGCACAGAAUUACGAGCGAAGGCGUAAAUGAGACAUUCCUGCGCGUUAUUUAUUAAAGUUCAUUUGUUCCAAUGGCCAAUGCAGUGUAAUAUAAACUAUCCACUGUAUGGAAUAAUUAUUUAUUUAACAAUAAUAAAUGGUUUUGCGUUGUUUUUUUUUUGAGUUAGACGUUCAAUAAACUUAUUAUUUUUCAUAUAGUGGCAGUGAUACAUGUUGCGUAGGAGCGUUGGGUCCUGGAAGGACAUCUCCUUCAGGACCAGUGGCCUUGGUGACGUCUCACAACAAAGCACAUUGUUCAAUAUGACCUGUAGAGUUAUGUUCACCAAACAAAGAAAAGGUUCUUUGGUUCAUCAACAGCCAGUCUGUAUCAGCUUCACAACCACGCAGAGCAGAGCUGAUGUACAGUCUAGUGCCUCAAUUUGUUUUCAUGGUUUAUCAUGUACUGUAAUUUCUGUAUCAAAAUAUAUUUGUAUCAUUGCAGCAUGUUUUAUGUUUUGUGACUACGUAUCUAUAUAUUUUAAAAAGGUGGGAGGGGUAAGGUUUGAAUGUGAAUCCGAGGUCUUCGUUUCAUAGUCUGGAAUUUUAUGAUAGCAACGUUUUAAAUAAAAUCUACUCUGGGGAUUUUGCAACAUACUUCCCUUGGUGAUAGUGAUGGCGUUAUUUCCAGAAUGAGACACGGAUCCAAGCAACUGAUCUCAGACUAGGAAACACAGCGGUGUAAUGACUUCCUUUUGCAGGGAGGCUGUGGGCCUCCUCCUGUAGGACUGGUGAAAGCUUUGGGGGAUUUGCUACUGGAGGCAGCAGUUCUGGGUCACGCAAGGUGCCAUCGAGCCUCACCCCUAUGGAAACCAAGGCAUGUGCUAACUGAAUGAGAAGGGCCCUCUGUGUCCUCCAGCUCCAAGUGAAUCAUUUGCUGUGGAUUUCAUCCAC